UCUGUCAUUUCCGGUAAUAUCGCUACGAGUUGCGAGCGGAGAACAUCACGGUCCUGUAUUCUACCAUAUAAUUUCUAAGAAAUAGUGUGAAAAUGUCGCUCAUCUCCGCUCGUUUGGCCUCCUCGGUGGCCAGGCGCUUGCCCAAUGCCGCUACACAGGUUUCGAAAGUCGCCCUCCCGGCGGUUGCGGUGGCUGCGCGCAAGCUCCAUGUCUCGUCUUCACAACGGGCUGCCGAAAUCUCCACAAUUUUGGAGGAGAGAAUCCUCGGUGCCGCACCUAAGGCCGAUUUGGAAGAGACUGGCCGCGUGUUGAGCAUCGGUGACGGUAUUGCUCGUGUCUAUGGACUCAAGAACAUCCAGGCCGAGGAGAUGGUGGAAUUCUCCUCCGGUCUUAAGGGUAUGGCCCUCAACUUGGAGCCGGACAAUGUCGGUGUGGUAGUGUUCGGUAACGACAAGUUCAUCAAGGAAGGUGACAUCGUGAAGCGUACCGGCGCGAUCGUGGACGUGCCCGUCGGCGACCAGCUGCUCGGUCGCGUUGUGGACGCGCUCGGAAACCCGAUCGACGGCAAGGGGCCCAUUGACACGAAAGGACGCAUGCGUGUCGGUAUCAAGGCGCCCGGUAUCAUACCGCGUGUGUCUGUGCGCGAGCCCAUGCAGACUGGUAUCAAAGCCGUGGACUCGCUCGUGCCAAUCGGCCGUGGUCAGCGUGAGUUGAUCAUUGGUGACCGUCAGACCGGCAAGACGGCGCUCGCCAUCGACACAAUCAUCAACCAGCAGCGCUUCAACAAGGGCGAGGAUGAGAAGAAGAAGCUGUACUGCAUUUACGUGGCCAUCGGACAGAAGAGGUCCACUGUGGCUCAGAUUGUGAAGCGUUUGACUGAUGCUGGUGCCAUCAACUACACCAUCAUCGUGUCGGCCACGGCCUCGGACGCCGCCCCCCUGCAGUACCUCGCGCCGUACUCGGGCUGCGCCAUGGGAGAGUUCUUCCGCGACAAUGGCAAGCACGCGCUCAUCAUCUAUGACGAUCUGUCCAAGCAGGCUGUAGCCUACCGUCAGAUGUCCCUGCUGCUGCGUCGUCCCCCCGGUCGUGAGGCCUACCCCGGUGAUGUGUUCUACCUCCACUCACGUCUCCUCGAACGUGCUGCUAAGAUGUCCGACAAGAUGGGCGGCGGCUCCCUCACAGCUCUGCCCGUCAUCGAGACGCAAGCUGGUGACGUGUCUGCGUACAUUCCCACCAACGUGAUCUCCAUCACGGACGGUCAGAUCUUCUUGGAGACUGAGCUGUUCUACAAGGGUAUCCGGCCGGCCAUCAACGUCGGUCUGUCUGUGUCCCGUGUGGGCUCUGCUGCCCAGACCAAGGCUAUGAAGCAGGUGGCCGGUUCCAUGAAGCUGGAGUUGGCCCAAUACCGUGAGGUCGCCGCGUUCGCCCAGUUCGGUUCCGACUUGGACGCCGCCACACAGCAGCUGCUCAACCGAGGCAUGCGUCUCACUGAGCUGUUGAAGCAGGGACAGUAUGUGCCAAUGGCUAUUGAGGAACAGGUUGCUAUCAUCUACUGUGGUGUCCGUGGUCACCUUGACAAACUGGACCCAACCAAGAUCACAGCUUUCGAGAAGGAAUUCACCCAGCACAUCAAGACCAGCCACCAAGGUCUCCUCAGCACCAUCGCCAAGGACGGACAGAUCACACCUGAAUCUGAUGCUGCCCUCAAGAAGAUCGUUACUGACUUCCUUGCUACUUUCCAAGCGCAGUAAAGCGUUUAUAACUAGUUUACCCUAAAGUUGUACCAGGAAUUUAGUAUUGUGAAUUCAGUGGUACAAUUUUAGACUUGUUAAGUCGGUCACUGCCAUCUUUGCCAGUGAUUAGUAGUUCUCAUUCACACGAACUGUAUUGAAAGUGAAUACAAUCAUGGAAUGUAUAUUUAUCUCGGAAUCAACAGUGGUUAUAUAUAAAUAAAAUCGAAAAAUUUA